AUGGAGUUCACAUUUAAUGAGAGGUUGGCUCUUGAACUGGAAGAACAAGGCCUUACUGUAGCAUCCAUGUUAGCAGCAAAAGCUGAAGAUUGUGGUGAGUACGAGGAUAGUACUACUUUGGAUUUCAACACAGGAAACAUCAAAGACUACUGGUGGAAAUACAUUAUAAGAAUCCUAAUGCACCCAGUCAACAAAAAUAAGAACAAAAUCCUCAAAGCAAUGCACCAGUUCUAUACAAAUACUGCUGAAGAAAAACAAAAAGAAAUUUCAGAUCAUGUUGAUUUGAGCAGCGAAUCUUACUACAAUGAUAGAAAAACUGAGGGAUGGGUUAAAUGA